AUGGGGUUUGGAGACAACAACAUAGAAGGCGCUUCUUCUUCUACUCAUUUUGGUUCCGAUGGGUUUCUUCAAAAUCUCGACACAGACCCAAUUCUCAUGAAUCAGAGUCACAAUGAUAGCAAUAACGGUUUGGAUUUGUGUAAAAAGCUCAGCAAAAUGGGUAUCUCUUGUGACCCGGUAGAUUUUGGGUUUAGAACAUCUCUGCAUGGGAGGACCUAUUCAUGGUCUGAGCAGAAUGUCAGUGGAGCUUCUCCGAUGAACGAUUCCUCUGCUCGCCAGUCUUUUCUUCAAAACACCUCUCAUGGAGUUUCUCAUGAAGACCAUGUGAUCUUGAUGGCUAAAGAUCAAGUAGGUUCGAAAGUUUUGCAGAAACUGCUCGAAGAAGGAACGUUUCUUGAUAUCAAGGUUAUAUUCUUUGAGAUCAUUAACCAUGUUGUCGAACUUUCAGUGGAUCCUUUUGGGAAUUACUUAGUUCAAAAACUGCUACAUGUGUGUGAUGAGGAAAUGAGAACGUCGAUCAUGACUGUCUUAACCUCGAACCCAAUGGAUCUCAUUGAGAUCUCUUGCAACAACUAUGGGACACGAGUCGUCCAGAAAAUGAUCGAAACAGUAAAAACAAAACAGCAGAUUGCUAUGGUGAAGUUAGGUCUCGAACCAGGACGUCUUGCUCUUGUUACAGAUUUGAAGGGGAACCAUGUGAUUCAGACUUGCUUGAAAUCUCUUGGUCCAAACCACAACAAGUUUGUGUUGGAAGCAGUAACAAAAUACUGUUUUGCGAUUGCAUCUGACCAAUAUGGAUGUUGUGUGGUGCAAUGCUGCAUUUCAAACUCCGUUGGAGCGCAACGUGAAAGACUCAUCGAUGAGAUAUCCAGAAACUCACUUUACCUUUCUCAAGAUCCUUACGGGAACUUUGUGGUGCAGUUCCUAAUAGAGAAGAAUGUAUCUUCAGCGAAGUUACUGAAGCAGUUGUCGCGGAGCUAG